AUGCUUCACGUCAUCUGUCAAGGCACUCCCUUUGAAAUCGGCUACCAACAUGGCUCUACUGCCAAAGUCGUAAUAGCCAGAAGUAUUGCCUUCGCCGUCGAUCUGAUUCGAGGGAAAACGAAGAAGACGGACGAAGAGCUUAAACAGGUGCUCACGGAACUAGGGCGCGUGAUCGAGGAAAGAUGGCCCAGAUACUACGAGGAAAUUCGCGGUAUUGCAAAGGGCGCUGAACGUGAUGUCUCCGAGAUUGUCAUGCUCAAUACCCGCACGGAAUUUGCAUACGGCCUCAAGGCAGCCCGUGAUGGCUGCACCACUGCCUAUUGCCAACUUCCAAAUGGAUCCCUCCAGGGCCAAAACUGGGAUUUCUUUUCCGCCACCAAAGAGAACCUGAUCCGGUUGACGAUUCGUCAGGCUGGAUUUCCCACGAUCAAAUUCGUAACUGAGGCUGGAAUCAUCGGCAAGGUUGGAUUUAACAGUGCAGGGGUUGCCGUCAACUACAACGCCCUUCACCUUCAGGGUCUUCGACCCACGGGAGUUCCUUCGCAUAUUGCCCUCCGCAUAGCGCUCGAAAGCACUUCUCCUUCCCAGGCCUAUGACCGGAUCAUUGAGCAAGGCGGAAUGGCUGCCAGCGCUUUUAUCAUGGUGGGCAAUGGGCACGAAGCAUUCGGUCUGGAAUUCUCCCCAACCAGCAUCCGAAAGCAGGUGCUCGACGUGAAUGGUAGGAUGGUGCAUACCAACCACUGCUUGCUUCACCACGGCGAAAAUGCGAAAGAGCUCGAUCCCUUACCGGACUCGUGGAAUCGUCACCAGCGUAUGGAGCACCUCCUUGACGGGUUCGACGGUACCAAACAGGCAUUUGCAAAGCUCUGGGAGGACGAAGACAAUUAUCCCUUUAGCAUCUGCCGCGCUUACGAGGAAGGCAAGAGCAGAGGCGCAACUCUGUUCAAUAUCAUCUACGACCAUGCCCAUAGAGAGGCGACGGUGCGGCUUGGACGGCCGAACAACCCUGAUGAAAUGUUUGUAAUGCGGUUUGAUGGGGAGGACGAGAGAUCUGCGCUCAAAGCCCAGCUUUGA